GAAACUGACCGGCUGAAAAAACUAUUGGGAGAUCUCCCAAGAACAUAAAAGAAGCAAAUGGUGAGUUCGUCCCGAUCAGUUGUCUUUUAGAAGUUCGAGAGUUCAGAUAAACGCUGCACGGAAAUGCCCAAUUUGUGUUGUUGGUACCUGAUGUUGGUGGUCUCGGCUGGUUUGAUAUCACCGAUUGUAUCGUCUCCUUUGCCAGCAGAUCCAGCGCCUGCAGCUGCUGCUGCUCCAGCCAAAUCAGCUGCCGCAAGUCCUAGCGCUGGAACGGGCGUCGCUACGGCAAGGACCCACCAUAAGAAACAUGGAUUCGGAGGUUUCGGGUACGGUGGAGGUAUCGGAUAUCCUGGAUUAGGUUAUGGAUUUGGUAUUCCUAGUUACGGACUUCCUCUAGGCUACGGUUUACCUCUGCCUUCUUAUCCCUUGUACGGAGGCAUCGGGUAUCCAUUGGGAGGAUAUGGAUAUGGACUUGGCGGAUUCGGUUACGGACUAGGAGGGUUCGGCUAUCCAGGUUUCGGCUACGGCUUCUAGAACUUGUGCCCACAAGUCGACAUCGUUUGCCGAUUUAUGUAUUUAUUUACGACUGCAGUGAAAAACGUUAGCAACGUUUUUUUUUUACACCUGAUGGUCAUUAAGAAACAAUUGUUCCACUCAAACCUGAUAUAAUGACUGAACAAUUUCGCAUUUUUAAAGCGCCGCAGAAAUUUACCACGCCUCAAUUUCUAUAUAGUUUCUAUAUAUUGUACACUAUGACCCACAUGUGUUAUCAUUGUCUUAUUUUCUCACUCGUUCCCAAAAAAUAGCACGUAAAGAAAGGAAUAAGAAAAUAAACAGCCAUCAUCGAUUCAA